AACGUAUAUUUUUUGUGAGGGACACAGUUCAACCCAUAGCAGAGUUUAUGUCUUAGAUUAAGGAUUCUAAAAUCCUGAGUGUGGGUAAACAGACAACUAGAGAAUGUAGGAGGAGGUAUUAAAGUCUGUUCCAAGUCAUGUGGCUUCUUUUUUACCUCAGAAUGAAUGCUAGAGCAUAGCUCCACAAAGAGGUUAUUAGGAGACCUUUUUCUGCUUUCAAGACUUGAGAGAAAUGAUUUAUUUUGUUUUCACUAUAUUUCUGGAUGGAAUCCAGUUUUCAUAGUGUUAGCCUAUACUAUACAUCUGGGAUCCCAUAGAGUACAGAUGGGUUUUGUUUAGAAGAAAAACUAGCAAACAAGUUUUGUAUCUUGUAAAAGUUUAUUAAGGUGCUAUUCUUUAUUUCUUCUGACCAUAUCGUAAGUGAGAAGCUGAGGUACAAAAUCACUAGGAAUGUAGAAUCUCUGAUUUUUGUUCAAAAACAGCUGAAGUACCGAGAACAGUGACUGAGUACAGGGUAAUAAAGGCUACUCAAAGGAAUCUGAUACUCCUAGAAUCUUCCCCAGGUGUGACAGAGGUGACUAUCAUAGAGAAACCACCUGCUGAACGUCAUAUGAUUUCUUCAUGGGAACAAAAAAAUAACUGUGUGCUGCCUGAGGAUGUGAAGAAUUUUUACCUGAUGACCAAUGGCUUCCACAUGACAUGGAGUGUGAAGCUGGAUGAGCACACCAUUCCAUUGGGCAGCAUGGCAAUUAACAGCAUCUCAAAACUGACUCAACUCAACCAGUCUUCCGUGUAUUCACUCCCAAAUGCACCAACUCUGGCAGACCUGGAAGAUGAUGCACUUGAAGCCAGUGAGAACCAGCCAGAGAAGCCUCAUUUUGAUUCUCGCAGCGUGAUAUUUGAGCUGGAUCCUUGCAAUGGGAAUGGGAAGGUUUGCCUUGUCUACAAAAAAGGGAAACCAGCGUUAGCACAAGACACUGAGAUCUGGUUCCUGGACAGAGCAUUAUACUGGCAUUUUCUCACAGACACCUUCACCGCUUAUUAUCGCCUGCUCAUCACGCACCUGGGCCUGCCGCAGUGGCAGUACGCCUUCACCAGCUAUGGCAUUAGCCCGCAGGCUAAGCAGUGGUUCAACAUGUAUAAACCCAUCACCUACAACACAGACCUACUUGCAGAAGAGACCAACUCCUUCGUAAACAAGCUGGAUCCCAGCAAAGUGUUCAAGAGCAAGAACAAGACCUUAAUCCCCAAAAAGAAAGGGCCAGUCCAGCCUGCAGUUCUCACAGGUGCAGCAGCAGAGGAACUAGGAGAGCAGUGGUGCCCUUCACAUCAGUGGGAGUCCUCAGGAGGCUAUAGAAGAGAGAAGGAAGGGGGCUCCGUGAAGGAAAGGAGAGCAAUGAAGAGCCAGGCUGGCCACCUGAGGUGCAGGACCCAGAGCGAAACAAAGAUGUGGGGCCUCAUGUCCAAAAAUUAGGAAAAUAGUACCAUUAAAAGUACUGAAAUGUUCUUCCUUCCAUCUUGUUCUCAUCUGUUCUCUCUCACAUCUUGUUAUGCGGGGUUUUUACUUGCUACUUAAUGCUGUCCUAAGUAAUGAAAAAAUUUAAAUUCUAAAUUAUUAGCAUUAAUUUAUUCAUCUUUAUAGUACACAAUUCCUGUUUUCAGUGCAACUGGAAGAGCAGUGAACUCAUGCAGAAUCACCAAAAUUAGAAAAUUUGUAUUUCAUAGCUUAUGUGUACAUGUUGUAUGAUAUACAUAUUUUGUCCUCACUAGAACACUGGAAACACUGCAGAAAAGCCUUGCUCAACUAUCAUUUCCCUCCUUGCUAUGUACACAUUCUGUCAACACUCUUUCACCUUACUGAUGAGUAACGAAGGACUAAAAGAAAAACUAGGAGCUGCCCUAUGUUUUCUUUUUCUCCUAAGCCGUCAUUUUCAGCAGACGUGGAUGACUAACGAAGGAAAAUGACAGGAAUAAAAUAAGAAAAGUAACAAGAGUAGAAAAAGGAUAUGGCGGGGUUCCAGGGUCAUUCACACUUCUUAGAAUGCUAUUACCUUUCUUUUGCAUUCAAGUCAAGUCCGGAUGCAAUGGAAAGCAUGGCCUCUUGGGGCUUUAAGUGCCCCCACUUACUCAGUUGUAGGAAUAACUUGCUUAUAUUGGAUCUCUUCUCAACCUACACAUGGUGGGUCUGCUGGAAUUCUGCGCACACCGGCAUCACAAAGGCUCCAAGUGAAUGUGGUGGUGGGGAGCAGUGGACACCCUGCAGGGAUCGCCUCUGCUCCUGUGUAUGUGGUUUUGUCUCAUCAGACUUCACUUAUAAAACACAAGUUCAAAGACAAGAUUAAGAACGCCAGACAGUGACAGGAGAGCAUUCAACCAUGUGUGGGGCACUCUGUGAUGAUGCCCAUCACAUGCCUGUGAAGCCGCCCCCGUGAAGGAAGAAGGGAGCUCUCCUGGGGAAAGGUGCGGACAGCCCGUAAGCUCGGUGUGCUAUCUGGGGAGAAAACUCACCCAUGAGAGUCGUGUCGCCAAACCAAAGCAACUGACAUGGCAGGAGGCUCUACCAUAAAUCAGCUGCCCAGAAAGAGAUACUCUACUGGAA